GCCUUUGUUCCUUCAUUGAGCUCACACGUCAGUAUGAAUGACUAUUUAUUGACUAGAAGGAGACAGCGCAGAAACCGAACAACCUUCAACCCGCAACAGUUGACUGAGCUGGAACUUCUUUUCGAGAAGACUCAUUAUCCAGAUGUAUUUUUGAGAGAAGAAAUGGCAAAAAAGAUAAACCUCUCAGAAGCAAGAGUUCAGGUGUGGUUCCAGAACCGCCGCGCCAAGUGGCGCAAGCAGACCCGCGCGCAGCUCAUACUGGACGUGUGGCGCCGCUACAAGUUGGGGGCUGGCCCUCCGAACGACAACUGGCUGGCCGCUGCCACCCACCGGUUCCAGCCGCCGCAGAGUGCGCCGCCCUCUGCCGUCAGUUGUGCCCCGGCGACCGCGCCCCUCUACUCCGCCGUGCCGCACGUCCUUUACAGUGACCGGCUGGCUGUCACUCAAAGUAUGUUCUCGCCGAUGUCAAUACCUUGCCCUAUCUCGAAAUCGAAGAACGAAAGCUACAACUACUACACCUGCCAGCUGGGCUUGCCUCCUGCAGCCUAUCCUUCGAGCAUGUUCCCAACGUCCGCUGCCAGUACCUCUUCGGUUCCCUUUGUGACACCCCUCAAGAAUCUCUCAUCCCCUUCCACUUCGGAAGCCGAUGGCGUGGGACCUGACAAGACUCAGAAACUAUCUCUAUCGUUUGCUGAAUGAAGGAGGAACUGAUGGCUGAACUGAGAAUUGAAUUCGUUAAGCUCACUUUUCAAUAACUUCUUAUUUAUCUUGUAUAAAAUGGAAAUCUCGAUGUUCUUAUUUC